AAAAAAUAAAAAAAUUAAAUUCAGUUACUAUUUUAGUAUUUUUGCUCAUCCUUUAUAAAAGAAAUGGCAAAACCGUCGACUUUUUCUUCUUCUUCUUCUUCAAUAAUCUCAAUCGUACCCUUUCAAUUCCAAAACCCAAUUUUGUCCUUCAUUUCUUUCUCCUCAGUCUCACCACCUCUGCUCUCUCGGACUCGACGGAGGAGACGGAAGCUGCCGGAUAAGGACAUGUCGGUUGCCAUUCCGAUGCCGCCGGCGCCGUCUCACCGGUGGGACAAUGAAGACCAGGGUCCACUUUUGGAUUCCAGAACCGGUGCAGGAAAAGGGGAUAUGUUAGCAACAGAUGUGGAAGGAGAGACAUCCCCUUCUAGUAAAACUACCCGCAAGAACAAAUAUCGAAUGAGUGCUAUAAAAUGCUUUGGGGUGGAUUUGUCCCCAGAUAAUGUUGCAGUUGCUAUGGUAUAUUUUGUGCAAGGUGUAUUAGGCCUUGCAAGGCUUGCUGUCAAUUUUUACUUAAAGGAUGAUUUGCAUCUAGAUCCUGCAGAGACAGCUGUCAUAUCUGGUUUUUCUGCAUUACCAUGGCUUAUCAAACCUCUAUAUGGGUUUAUUAGCGAUUCUGUUCCACUUUUCGGUUACCGAAGAAGGUCAUACCUGAUUUUAUCAGGACUUCUUGGUGCACUCUCAUGGAGUUUGAUGGCCAGCUUUGUUGACAGCAAGUAUGAUGCUGCUUUCUGCAUACUUCUAGGAUCACUUUCUGUUGCCUUCUCCGAUGUUGUUGUAGAUUCCAUGGUUGUAGAAAGGGCUCGUGGUGAGUCACAAAGCAUGUCAGGAUCACUCCAGUCUUUAUGUUGGGGAUCCUCAGCUUUUGGUGGAAUUGUGAGUGCCUAUUUUAGUGGCUCCCUAGUGGAUGCUUAUGGUGUAAGGUUUGUUUUUGGAAUCACGGCUUUGCUACCACUGAUUACUUCUGCAGUUGCUGUUCUUGUAAGAGAACAGCCUGUGCGUGGUCCAACAAGAGGAACAAAUCUUCCUUUGGCCAGUCUUAGCUUUAUUGAAGGUUCGAAGCAGAGCAUAAUUCAGUUGUGGGAUGCUGUCAGGCAGCCCAGUGUACUUCUUCCUACUUUGUUUAUAUUUCUGUGGCAGGCAACACCGCAGUCAGACUCUGCCAUGUUCUACUUUACCACAAAUAAGCUUGGUUUCACCCCGGAAUUUUUAGGCCGUGUGAAGCUUGUUACUUCAGUGGCAUCACUGCUUGGUGUUGGACUUUAUAAUGGAUUCCUAAAGAAUGUUCCACUGCAUAAGAUUUUUCUUGUAACAACCAUUUUUGGUUCAGCUCUUGGGAUGACUCAGGUUUUUCUUGUAACUGGAUUGAAUCGGAAGUUUGGUAUAAGUGAUGAGUGGUUUGCUAUUGGGGAUUCUUUGAUUUUAACAGUUCUUGGUCAGGCUUCUUUCAUGCCUGUUCUUGUGUUAGCAGCAAGAUUAUGUCCAGAGGGAAUGGAAGCCACACUUUUUGCAACACUAAUGUCUAUAUCAAAUGGAGGAAGCGUUGUUGGGGGGCUAAUAGGUGCUGGUCUGACCCAGCUCUUUGGGAUUACCAAAGACAGUUUUGACAACUUAGCCACAUUGAUAAUCCUCUGCAAUCUCAGCUCAUUGUUGCCUUUGCCUCUCCUUGGCCUCCUUCCAAGGGAUAUUCCUGACACUAACAAGGAAAGUGAAGAUAUUGAAAUGAAAUGUAAUUGAUUUUUGGAUGUUUGCAUCCUCCUUAUCCUAGGCUAGGUGCAUCACCCUCCAAUAAUAAUUUUCAAGCCCUUAGCAAAAUGUUUAGCCUUUUGCUCUUCUAUAGCUUAUAAAUGAGAGAGAGUUUGUAAAUAUUACGAUGAUUGUAUGUCCCCUUUUUUGAUUUUGAAAUGAUAUUUCUGCGGUUUAUUUUGUGUUUGAAAUGAUAUUCUCAAGUUGAUAGCUGCUGUUGCCAUGACCUUGAGAAAUGUUUUUUUUUUCUUUUUUUGGUGCAGACCUUGAGAGAUGUUGACGUACAGUAAUUGCACAAUUGAUCUGGAUUGCGAAUACCUGUAAAACAAGUUAGAGUUGAUCAGGGGGCAUUUGUCUGGUGCCUGCACGAGCUCUUCGAUAAUGUAGUUAAAGGGGGUGCCUCUAUUUUUUUUUGUAAACUCAAAAAGAGUUCUAGGGAAUUAUUUUAGCAAAUAUGAGCGUAUCUUUUGCUUGAUGUUCUUGUGUAGCUUACUUGGGCACGUCUUGUGUGCUAGCUGAGCUCGCAUAUCGAGGUUAGGUGCUCUUCUGCGUCAUCAUACUCGCUAAUUGGUUUAGCUAACUUGCUUGCUAUAUGUAGUUCGACUAUCACUGAUCGAUUAAUUUUU